AUGACGAGACGCAAGCAGAAAGCAAAGUCGGGCAAAGACGUGAGGAGGGAGAGAGGCGAAGCUGAGCAGCGGUGGUGGCUCUGUGGAGAGAAGAGGGAGGAGGAGAAGAGGAAUGGAGGGGUUUCGACGGUGGAUGGGUUGACGUCCAAGGUAGCUGGGCACGUCGUCUUCAUCUUCGCUGGCUUCUCGGCAUGGAACCCAGAUGAUGAUGAUGAUGGUAGCGUGUAUUUCUCUGAUGCAGAAGACGGUGGUUCAAUCCAUUUUCAUUUCUAUUCAACACAUGGUGAUGGUGGUUCAGCAUUUGAUGAUUGCAGCUUCUCAUGUGUCUCUGAUCUUGAAGCUGCUGCUGUUGUUCAUGAUUCUGGGAGGGGAAUUGUAAAAUUUGUCAUAUGGUACUACAUACCCUUUGAUGCAAAAACUAAGGCAAGUUUUGGUGGAACAACCUUUGAUGAAGAAUUGCAGAUCCUUUUGCCUAAAGAAGUUGAGGGUGCAAGAAUUGCAUAUGAGAAUGGACAAAGUGUGUUACCAAACAAGAUCAAGGAGUGCAGGUCCUAUCCAUUGUACAAGUUUGUGAGGGAGGAGUUGGGGACUGAGAUGCUAACUGGUGAGAAGGUUAGGUCACCUGGUGAAGAAUGUGACAAAUUGUUCACGGCAAUGUGCCAAGGGAAGAUCAUUGAUCCUCUUCUAGAGUGCAUUGCAGAGUGGAAUGGUGCUCCUCUUCCAUCAUGUUAGGUUUAAAGUUUGGUUCAUCUUUUUCUUUCUAUGUUUGUAUUUUUUAUUAUAUUGCUAAGAAUUUGGUUUGUUUGUUAAGCAUGUGGGAAAUCAGAUGCAGAGAUUUGUUAAGCAUUAAGAGUGAGUGUGAUUGAUGAUGUAAUAGAUAAUCUCUCAUUUGUUUGCCAUUGCUUUUUGGGCACAGAUACAAAUACCCGGCCUUCUAUUUAAAGGAAGUUCUUUCACUUAAAUAAUG